UUGGAGGUAUAUGCUAACAACACUAUUCUUGUGUGCCUGCAAAUUGUUUUAACAGCUCAGCGCUCAAACGGCAAGAAAACGGGUCAGAAGAAAAUCUCAUUAUUUCGCAGGAACAUAUAGCAGCAUACCGCGCCUCCCAGCUCCUCUGGGUCACUAUUUGGCAUGAAUAGAUAGGCGGGACUCGGCGGUGGAAGAAUUUGGGUUGUAUACAAGGGGAGGCAUAGGGAAUCAAUUUACAGCUACGUUCGACCAGAUAUGCGGCCAUACUGAUUGUUCUGUAGUUGGACUCCAGGUGAUAGCCUGUACCCAAUCUGCAGUCUGGCCUGGGCCGGGUGUAAUUCCUGGAGCGCCUCCUGGGGGGUCUGUGAACGGAGUGGUAGAACCUAGCGUAGGUCCCGGACUGGCAGCCUGGCUGCCCCCCACCAGGUGGAUGAAUGAAGACCCCCUUCAAGACUCCAGCGGCGCCGAGACCCAGACCGGAGGGUGGGCAUUCCAGUGUAUCUGCAAAUAUGAUGAAGAAAAAGAAUUCACACAAGAAGCAGAGGACCAGUGUGGAGCCCGGCAAGCCCUUAGGCGGUCCGAGGAGGAACAUCGUGGGCUGUAGGAUCCAGCACAUCUGGAAGGAAGCAGUAUGUAAAUCCUCCCAGUGGAAGGGGACGGUGUUGGACCAGGUUCCCGUCAACCCCUCUCUUUAUCUGAUCAAAUAUGACGGCUUCGACUGCAUAUACGGCCUGGAGCUGUACAGCGACGAGAGGGUGGUUGGCCUGGAGGUGCUGCCUGACAGAAUCGCUCGGGCCCGCGUUACUGACACAAUGCUGGCGGAGACGAUGAUCGGGAAGGCGGUGGAGCACAUGUUUGAGACGGAGGAGGGCCCCAAGGAGGAGUGGAGGGGCAUGGUGCUGGCCCGCGCCCCCAUCAUGACCACGUGGUUCUACAUCACCUACGAGAAGGACCCCGUGCUCUACAUGUACCAGCUGCUGGACGACUACAGAGGGGAUCUGCGGAUCAUGCCCGACUCCAAUGACACUGUGCCGGCGGAGCGGGAGCCAGGCGAGGUGGUGGACAGCCUGGUGGGGAAGCAGGUGGAGUACGCCAAGGAGGACGGGGGCAAGCGCUCGGGGAUGGUUAUCCACCAGGUGGAGGCCAAGCCCUCGGUGUACUUCAUCAAGUUCGAUGACGACUUCCACAUCUACGUCUACGACCUGGUCAAGACCUCUUAAGAACCGGGCCCCUGAUGAGACAAUGCGGUGGGGGGGGGGGGGGGGGGG